AUGCCUCGGCCCCGUAAUCUUUGCGCGAGCCUUGUACCAUCUCUGCUAUUGCCUCCUGCACCACCCGUUCCUGCUUCGACAGCGUCUGCUCGGCCAUUCCUCCAGCUUCCGCCAGACGACGGUGUCGGGGUUUCUCUCGGCCGCUUCGACGACGGCGUGGGAGCAUGCGAAAGCUACUAUCGAGCUUUUGCAGGACAUGCGAAGCGCCGGGGCGAUCGCGCAUACGUCGUCUUAUGGUUGAACCAUGCGUCUGGGUCAAGGAGAGCCGAGGCGACAGUGGUUUUACAGGCUAGUCUUGAUUUCUUACAGGAUAUUAGCCGAUACUGGAACAAUGUAUCAUACAUGACAACCGCCCUGAAGCGCUUCUCAGACGACAGUCACAACUUCGCUGAGCUCAUUUCGGACGCGCUAAUCAUCAAGCCCUUCUCUCAGGAAGAGUGUGAGACGUUGUUGACUCUGGUGGAUUAUAGUACUAUAUCGAAUGCGCCGAGUGCGAGUCGUGUUAAAGAUAGUGCUCAGUAUGGUCCGGAUUUACUCUCAGAUGUACAUAAUUCAUGGUUCGAUUUGUUUGAGGGUGUUGUUGAUGCGGACCUUACGGUGUCCGAUAUGGAGUUGCCGGUGAACUUUGGGGUUGCUGAUUAUGCGUCGGCGAUGUAG